GUUCAAAUUGAUGUGCACACUUUUGUCGUGAACGUUGAGAAAUUCGGUUGGCUUUGACAUUCACUGCUGCAUCGCCAUUUACAGCAUCGUUACUUGUUAAAAUAGUCUCACCGCAAAGUAAUAGUUAUUCAACAUCCAAUUAGAAUCAAAUUAAUCAGCCAAAAUGCGGAAUUUCGUGAUAAGAAAUACUGAACAUUUUUUAGCGGCUGUACAUUUGUGGGGAUGGAUAUACUACGAUUUUGCUUUUCUCUUUCCACAAAAAUAUGAAGAUUUUGACGACACCAAACCGACGCUAAAUUCAACAGCACAUACAAUUAUUUGCAUCACGUUUCUGUGUAUGCUUCGAACCACGAGAGAUCCACCCCGCUACGAGUUGAUUAGUUGCAAUCCAUUUUCGAUCAUAUUUCCGUUCAUUGUACAUAUGGGUUUGGGCGCUUACACCGCAUAUGUGGUCAAACACGAAAUGAUUGUUGACCAGAAAUACAUCUUCAUAAACACACAAUGGCCGCAGUAUAUGGUAAUACCAUUUUUGGGCACAUUUGCGGCGAUCGAGCUUCUCUUGCGACUUAAAUAUAUUCUCAGAAGUUACAUGAGCCGAGCAUGUGAAACAGUAAUUACAGCGUCGUGCUUCCUUUUGGUGAUGUUUUGUUUCCGGACAUUUUUCCAUUUACAAAUUUCAAUUGAUCGUUUAAAACUUGAAGGAAAGACCGUCACCCUUUUUAACAUUGGUUCAAAUGUUUUUGACUAAUAUAAUCACAGUCAUUUUUUUGUUAGUUAAAAAGAAAUUCAAACAUUUAUUGGCAAUUGACUAAAAUGUGUUAGGUAAAUAGUUCAAUUUUUUACUGCCAUUUUUCGGAUUACUUCUUAAACUCAACAACAAUUUGUAGUUUGUCUAUCAAGCUAUUUGUGGAGGUUAGGUAUUUUGCAUGCUUCCCAAUAGUUUGAAAUAACAACAAUAAUAAUAUUAAUAAUGAUUGUGGUGUUAACAGUAAAUUUUUAAAUUCGAAAUAGUUAGAAAAAAAUAAUUUAAAUUGACCAAUUAUAUGCAUAAAAAUUCACAAUUCUCAUUUUAACGGUACAAAAUUUCAUUUCGAGAUCUAUAAUAUAACUUUCAUUCAAAUAUUUUUUGCAACAGAAAUCAUUAAAUGUCGUAUUAGCUAAUCUACUGUACUAGAACAUAAUAUUUUAAACAUUUGAUAUCGGCACGAAUGAUUUUAAAGAUGAACGGAACCUAUGAAAUAAAUAAAUUUAAUUGAAUAUCGAUCAA